UAUGGGGAAAGACCAAACGGCAUCGAAAAGCUGUCGUUUCAUCUUUCCGAACUCAGAGAUCCUUAAAUUCUUUCCUAUACCAAUCUAAAUCACAUUCUCAACACUGACUCCUUCUUCCUCAAGCCUCUCCACAAGCUUAAUUUGGAAUAACAAGUAAUGCAAUUUUUGAGUUCCUCGGAGGAUGAGAGCAAUUGAACGCCCCGUAGAGGAGGAACCAGUGGUUAAGAAAGCUAGAAUGAUUGAUAAGAUAGAAACAGCGGUUGAUGUUAUGAAAGAGACUUGUGUUGCGUCAGGUGAUGGAAGCGAGAUUGGCCAAGUCUGUAAACUAAAUGUUGAAGAAGAGAAAGAUACUUGUGCUGAACAAGCUGAAUCCAAUGAGAAGAAGAUAGAGGAGGAUUCUGCACUGAGCUUGGCAGAUAGAAAACAUACUGACACAAAAGAAAGUCAGGACUUGCUGGUGAAAGUGAACGAAGUCGAUGUUGUCUCAGGUGAUGCUAACAUAGAAAAGCUUCCUGUUUUAGAGCUAGAAAAGAUAAAUGUAGCUUCUGUUACAUCGGCCGUCAUAAGAAGAGAUGAAAUUCCGGUGACAGAGAGCAAAGAUUCUUGUGUUGCUUCUUGUGGAAUCAAAGAAGUGAGAAGGUCAAAUCCAUCGGUCUCAAGGAAAAAGCUUCUUGUUCUUGAUCUGAACGGGUUGCUUGCAGAUAUAGUUUCUAUUCUCCCUGAUUGCAAAGCGGACAUUAAUAUUGGAAGAAGGGCAAUUUUCAAGAGACCUUUUUGUGAAGAAUUUCUGAAGUUCUGCUUUGACAAGUUUGAAGUUGGUAUCUGGUCCUCGAGAAAGCAGAACAACGUUGACAGAAUCACUGAGUUCUUGCUCGGCGAUUGGAAGAGUAAACUGUUGUUUUGCUGGGGCAUGUCUUAUUGUGCUACGACGACUGUUGGUUCCCUUGAAAAUAGGCACAAAUACGUGGUGUUCAAGGAUCUAAAACAGCUCUGGGAGAAACACGACCCAAAACUUCCGUGGAAAAAAGGUGACUACAAUGAAACCAACACGGUAUUGCUUGACGAUUCUCCUUACAAGGCUUUGCUUAACCCGCCAUUCACCGCAAUAUUCCCUCACUCAUACGAUCACCAGAACAAGACUGACGCAUCUUUAGGUAAUGGUGGUGAUCUGAGACUUUAUCUGGAGAAGCUAGUAGAAGCUGAAAACGUUCAAGAUUUUAUCAAGAAGAACCCUUUUGGGCAAGAAGCAAUUACGGAAGCAAGUGAAUCUUGGGAGUUUUAUAGAGAGGCCAUUCGUAUGCAUACAUACGCAUUUAGAAACCACAUACGGUAGAAAAAGAAAGGAUUGUUGCAAGAUUUUUGUGGGAAAAAAACAGAUGAAAGAAAGAAAAAUUAACUGUGAUGUUCUUAAGUUGUUGUUGUUCUGUGUUUCAUUAUAGAAGGUGGAAACCACUAGUUGCUUACUUAGAUCUGUGGACUAUCUGGUUUAGUGAUUUUGGUUUGGCAUAUUUUUGUUUAGAGAUCCUCAUUUCUCACCCAGAUUUUUUUUUUUGUUUGGUUUUCUUUUUAAUUAGAAUUUUGGUUUCAAUUUGUAACACCAUCAGACAUAACUUUCGUUAUGGUUUAUUAUGUUUCGUAAGGAAUUUGCUUAUCCA